CGAGCUUUCCUUUUUACGGAAGCGGAGGAAUAUUGUAGCGAUUGCGGGACCUGACUCUUCGACUUCCUACAUGUUUGCCAACACUUUGGCAACGCGUGACCCAAGAUAUCUGUAGGUCAGGCUCUCGGAAUUGCGGAUUCUAUAUGUUACAAGACUGGCCUUGCUAUGGUUAAAUCGAAGUCAAGUAUACUACGAUCUCUCACAGUCCCUAAGUGAGCCCGGCGUCAAAGUGCGAGGCAGUCCUUGACAAGACAUGGCAGAUCCUCGAGUCGCAGCGGUCGAUGGCUUCACGGAAAGGAAGCAUCAAGUUGUUCCGUCAAAGCUCGAUCCCGCAAAAGUGACGCUCCUGAAUACAUUCACGGUGUGCAUCAUCGGAGCGAGUACUGGUAUCGGCGAACACAUUGCAUAUUCGUAUGCAAAGGCCCGUGCAGCAACUGUUGUCAUUUCUUCACGGUCUCUCAGUGAUUUGGGUGUUGUGGCCGACAAUAUCAAGUAUAUCAACAAAGACGUCAACGUCGAGGUCGUUGAAUGUGACGUCUCCAAGGCUGCAUCAGUCGAAGCACUGGCGCAUUACGUCCGCACACACUACGGGCGUUUGGACGUUCUGGUGCUGAACGCCGGAUACGCGGGGCCAGUGACGGUAAAGAUGGAUCAGGGCAAUCCAGAGUGGGUGCAAAAAGCGUUCGACAUCAACGCCAUGGGUACUUACCUUGCUGCUCAUUAUCUCGUGCCGUUGUUGCUGGAAACGCCGAGUGGCGCCAAAGGGUUCAUUGCCGUUGGGUCUGUUGCUGGAUGUAUCAGGCGGGGAAAUAUCGCGAACACAGGGUACACGAUCAGUAAAAUGGCGCAGAUCCGGCUCGUGGAAUACUUGAACGAACAGUAUGGCGAGGCUGGAUUGGUCAGCCUUGCGGUUCAUCCUGGGGCGGUCAAGACGAGGAUGGCUGAGGGGAACACGCCCGAGGAGUUCUUGCCAUAUCUGACAGACGACGUUGCCCUCUGCGGCGCUGUUUGUGUCUGGUUAAGUACCCGCCUCAGCAACAUCGGUUGGCUUAGUGGUCGGCUCAUUAGUGCCACAUGGGAUAUGGAUGACUUGAUGUCCAAGCAGAAACAGAUUGUCGAUAGAGAUUUGUUGAAGUUUGCUUUGUUGACAGAAUAGCGAAAGAGAGAACGAGACAUUUUGACUGGUCCAAAUUGUUAUAGGCAUUAGGCAUGGUGUAUCUCGACUAGGGCGACACCCGGAAAAAGAAGUUUGGCCAGGACGUGCUCCCCCAGGCAUUUCCAUACCAAUGGCAAAUGCGGGGACUUAUUAGGGACUCGCUGCGAACAGCGCAUCAAAGAAAAUCAUUGACGCAGGUACCAACCAAAGUCUGCCACUCAUCAGUGAUGGUCCUACACCACAAAAUUACCAGCGCUGCGACCUGCAUUUUGUCCACUGUGGCCAGAGUCAAAAAUAGAGUCCAAUGCCCACAGGAUCAGCAUCCUUCGAAGAAAAAGAAGGGUCUGGAUGUUACACGCUGCCGUCCACUCUUGCUGCAGGUCUGGAUA